UUUGAGGCUUCGUCAACACAGAGGACGGACACGUGGGUUCCGGACACAUCGGGACACAUCGGGACCAGGACCAGGACCAGGAGUCAAGACCAGGACCGGGACCGGGACCAGGACCAGGACCAGGACAAUGGCGGAGUCCGGUCCAGAGGCACCGGCGGACGGUACCAACCCCCCCAGUACCAACCCCCCCCCGCUCAUCACAGUGUCUGGUCUUCCCAGUGCAACCAGUGCAGGCCGGAACCUGAAGGCGUGGCUUCAGGAGCAGAUCUGUGACAAACCUGUGGAGCCGGACGACAUGCGGCUGCACAACGCCGCCUACGUGGGAGAUCUGGACACGCUGAGGAACCUGCUGCAGGAGGACGACUUCAGGCGGCGCAUCAAUGAGAAGUCGGUGUGGUGCUGCGGCUGCGUGCCCUGCACUCCUCUGCGGAUCGCAGCCACAGCAGGACACGCCCCCUGCGUGGCCUACCUGCUCGCCCAGGGAGCCCACGUGGACCUGGUGGACGUCAAAGGCCAAACGGCGCUCUACGUAGGCGUGGUCAACGGCCACCUGGAGUGCGUCCGGAUCCUCCUGGAGGCCGGAGCGGAUCCCAACGGCAGCCGGCACCACCGCAGCACCCCCCUGUACCACGCCGCCCGGGUGGGACGGCUGGACAUCCUGCAGGAGCUCAUCCGGACACACAGAGCAGUGAGCAGCCGUGUACGGUGCCUGGGGAGCAGAUGUUGGGGGAGUAAGGUGCCUUGCUCAGGGGCACUAGACAGGGUAGGGAGAAUCCUCUUGGAUUUUUGGACAGAUCAAUCCAGGUUCAAUGCUGAUGUGGACAUGGACCACCAGCUGGGCCCCCGGCUCCUCCUAAGCGCCCGGACCCUCAACACCUUGGUGGUGUGCCCCCUCUACAUCAGCGCCGCCUACCACCACCUGCACUGCUUCCAGCUGCUGCUCCAGGCCGGCGCGCAGCCCGACUUCAACUACAACGGGCCGGUCUGCCACGAGGCGCUGACCCGCGGCCUGGCCUCCUGCCUGCUGGACGCCGUGCUGCGGCACAGCUGCGAGCCGGCGUUCAUCCACCUGCUGCUGGACCACGGGGCCGACCCGGCGCUGGUGCCCUGGGACGAGUCCGCGCUGGAGGCUCCGAACCGGAGGAAGCUGGAUCCUGAGGCGCUCGGGAUCUUCCUGGAGGCGAAGAGACGCCCUCGCCGGUUGACCCACUUGUGUCGGAUCAGGAUCCGGAGAGCGAUGGGCAAGAGUCGCCUCACCCACAUACCUGCGUUACCUCUGCCAGGGCCCAUCCAGAACUUCCUGCUUCACAGAUACUGACCCCCCCGCUGCUUCUCGUCUUCUACAUCCAACACGAUGCAAGAAAAACUUCAGUCAAUCUCAACGACAAGACACACGGCUGUGAAACUCCUCUUCCUGAUCCUGUGAUAAUUUUAUGAAAUGUUUCGUAACUUAUCGACGAAGCCUCUC